GUGGAGUGGAGAAUUGCGCGCGAGUCAGUGUGCAAGAAGUAAAAGAAGACACAGAUCCGCGGUGGUGGCGAUGUCAUCUCUGGAUUAUCACUCUGAAAGCCAUGUCCGACAUAAAAAUGUCCCGAUCACAUCACUAAAGUCACUGCGCGCGCUUUGACGUUUGCCAAGUACGCACUUGUGGAACGCGAUGGAAAGCGAAGGAACUCAUGGCACCUUUUAUGCGGCGUGUUGAUGUAAGACGCCGGUGCGUCUUUUAGGCUGUCCACAUUCAGGCGCCGGGCGGAAAGGAUGCGCGCAACAUGGACUUGAGCGUACUCAACGGCACGGAGGAGCCCAACGCGACUGCAGCUGCAGCGUGGCCACACACAGAGGCCGCGGCGGCCCUCAUUAUACUCGUGGCGUCACUUCUUAUCCUGGUUACCAUCGUUGGGAACGCGCUGGUCAUCGUAGCCGUGCUGACAAGCCAUGCGUUGCGCGCGCCCCAAAACCUCUUUUUGGUGUCUCUGGCCUCGGCGGACAUCCUGGUGGCGGCUCUUGUCAUCCCCUUCUCGCUCGCCAACGAGGUGAUGGGGUACUGGCGCUUCGGGCGCGCGUGGUGCGCGCUCUACCUGGCGCUGGACGUGCUCUUCUGCACGUCCUCCAUCGUGCACCUGUGCGCAAUCAGCCUGGACCGCUACUGGUCGGUAACCGAAGCGGUGAGCUACAACGCGAAGCGCACGCCAGCGCGUGUUAAAUCCACGAUCGCGGUGGUAUGGGCAAUUUCCGCGGUCAUCUCCUUCCCACCACUAGUUAUGACCGAGCACAACGAACAGGUAUGCAUCAUUAACGAGGAGCCAUGGUACAUCUUGUCGUCUGCGAUCGUGUCCUUCUUUGCGCCCGCACUCAUCAUGAUCGCCGUCUACCGCAAGAUCUACCGAGUAGCCAAGCAGCGCGCGUCAGCCGUCUUCGCAGCUAAAAACGGUGGACCACUACCGCGCACCUCACCUUCCGACACGUGCCUUGCGCGCGAUGCCAAACCUGAAGCGGAGAGCCCGAGCAGCCUAAGCUCUGGGAGCAACCGACAGCAGGAAGAGCGGAGAAGAAACGAGGACGACGACGAUGACGAAGAGGAACUCGACGACAUCGACCUGGAGGAGAGCUGCGCGUGGGACGGUCAGCCCAAAAAAAGCAGCAGCGCGCGCUUCGCAAAGCGCAGGAAAGCGGAAGGACGGACGGAGCGGACUUGCUGCCGAACAACGCCGUGGGCUUCCAAACAGCCCCGUACCGUACCGCGCGUCACCAGGCCGCUGAAAGUCGCCAGGCCAAGCGCGCGGAAAACCAGAGCGGCGCAGCUGCGAGAGAGGCGCUUCACCUUCGUUCUCGCGGUGGUGAUGGGAGUGUUCGUGCUUUGCUGGUUCCCGUUUUUCUUCACUUACAGCCUGCAAGCGGUGUGCGGGGCACGGUGCCGCGCGCCAGAACGCCUGUUCAAGCUCUUCUUCUGGAUCGGUUACUGUAACAGCUCCGUUAACCCCAUCAUUUAUACAAUAUUUAACCGUGACUUCCGGAAAGCGUUCAAGAAAAUCUUGUGCGCGUCUGCAACUCAGCGCGUCUGAUCAGGAUUUUGCUCGGAACUUUGGACUGUAUGGACGAGUUUAUUUAAAAGCGGGGUUGCCAGAUUAUAUUCUUUAUUUUUUUUUGUUUCAGUCCACAUCACGGUUUAAACCUCCGAAUUCGGCCAAAAUGUAACUUUGCCAAAUGGAUGCCAAACUUUCUUGAAAUUUCGAUGUUCACCAGAUCAGGUUAAUAUCGCAAAAUAAUAAUAAUAAUAAUAAUAAUAAUAAUAAUAAUAAUAAUAACAACAACAACAAUACGCAAAAUAAUAAUCUAAAAGAGCCCGGAUGUUGCUUCCACAGCAAAAUGUGAAAUAACUAAGAAAUAAACCUGUGACCUUGUAAGUCUGGCAUCACUAUUUUACUGAAAUGAUUUUUUGUCCAUUAUGUUUGUACAUAGCCUUCCUGAAGUGUUUAUAAUGUAAAAAAGAGUAAGAAGACGUUUAAAUGAUUAAAAUAUGUAUAUAUAAAUAUGUUA